CUCUCGUUCAGCUUCAUACAGAACCCACAAUCGGAUUCUUCUCUCAACUGCAGAAAUGGCCCAAAAUUCAAACUCAACAAACAAACAUCAGCUGGAUUUCAAUGGUGCUAAAAUUCAAGAGACUCCUGAAGAGCAAAAUCCAUCAAUCCUUCUCCCCAAUCAGCCUACGAAUAUUCAGCUUUUCUCACUCGACAUAGGAGGAAGUCUUAUCAAAUUGGCGUAUUUCUCAAGAGAUGAAGAGCUCUUGAACGAUGGUGAUCAGAGGGACCAUCCGGUCCUUGGUGGGGUACUACGAUUUGUGAAGUUCGAGAGGAAUCAUUUGGAUGAGUGCCUGGAUUUCAUUCAAUCCAGGCUUCUAGGGAAAGGAAUGGUGGAAUCAUCAGUGGAAAAUGCGAGAAUUAGGGCCACUGGUGGUGGGGCAUAUGCAUUUGGGGACAUCUUCAAAGAACGGUUAGAUGUUACUGUUGAGAAUGUUGAUGAACUAGAUAGUGUUGUAUCUGGGGCUAACUUCUUAUUACAGAACGUCCCGAACGAAGCUUAUCGACGAUCGGAGAGAAGGAGCGCAUUCAUAUCGAUCGAUCGAAAUGACUUGUUUCCUUACCUUCUGGUCAUUGUCGGCACUAGCGUCGCUCUGAAUAUGGUGACUGGCGACGGGGAAUUUAAACUGAUUACAGGAACGAAUUUAGGCGGCGGAACCAUCUCCGGUCUCGCGAGGUUUUUAACUGGGUGUGAGAGUUUUGAUGAUUUCAUAGAGCUAAGCCAAAAGGGAGAUAGCCAUGCAUUGGACCUGACCAUUGGAGAUAUUUAUGGUGGAAUUGGAUAUCCUAAGGUUGAUUUUCCAUCUACAACAGUUGCUGCUAGCUUUGGAAAGGUUGGAUUUAAAUCAAAGCUCUAUGAUUAUAAAGCUGAGGAUAUUGCUGCUUCCCUCUCUAAUUCUUUCACAUGCAACAUUACACAUAUUUCCUACCUUGUAGCAAAGCUCACAGGGGUUAGAAGGAUCAUUUUUGGAGGAUCUUACAUUCGCGGGGUGGCAAGCGUGAUGGACAACAUUUCUAAUUUGAUUGGCCACUGGUCUCAAGGUCAAGUUCAAGCAAUAUUUUUUCGCCAUGAAGGUUUUUUAGGGGCUAUAGGCGCUUUAUUGGUUAAUGGCAAUCUUAAGUUUGUAAAAACAUCAAUACAUAAUUUCACAAAAGAAGUUAAUGAAUAGAAUAAAAUCAACAACCUUCUUAGCCUUCGAUGAAGCGAUAUGCAUUGGCUUGUGUAGCUUUAAAAGCAAACUACACACAUGUUAGACCUAUCAAAAAAAACUCUUUAUUAUUUUUAUUCUAAUAUAUUGCAUCAUAUGGGUUGUAUCUGUAAUACAUGAAUUUACUUUUCUAUUAAGUUCGCGGAUUUAUAUUGUAGCCAGGUAAGGUGCAUCGGCACUAAGUGCAAAGGGUCUUGUACCCAUGACUCA